UCGUCCGAGGUGAGCCUCGUCGGCCACUCCGGCCCGAUCCUCGCCGUCGCCUUCUCCGCGUCCGGCGAGGUCGUCGCCACGGGCAGCAAGGACUGCACGGCGCGGCUCUACGACGCGGCGUCCGGCGCGCUGAAGAUCACGCUCUCGGGCCACGGCGAGUCCGGCCACGCGGGCGCGGUCUACGACGUCCGCUUCGCGCCCGACGAAGCCGCCAUCGCGACGGCGGGCCACGACGCGACGGUGCGGCUCUGGGACGCCGCGGGCGCGGCGAUCCGGACGCUGACGGGCCACGGGUCCUGCGUCUACGCCGUCGCGUUUGCUCCCCGCGGCGCCAGGGUCGUCUCCGGCUCCGAGGACAGGACGGCCCGGGUCUGGGACGUCGCGACGGGCGCCGCGCUCCUCACGCUGGCCGGCCACCUCGGCGACGUGUCGAGCGUCGCCUACUCCGGCGACGGCGCCGUGAUCUUGACGGGCUCCGAGGACCGGACGCUGCGGCUCUGGGACGCGGAGAGCGGCGCGCUGCGCCGGACG